AUGGAUCAGGCAAGGAAUUUCUACAGUACAAUUUUAAAGUCGUCGCACCCGUUGCUAUUGUCAUUUCACCUGGCAGGUAAGGCCAUCCCGAUAGUAUUCUAUAUCAUAGGCUCAAUGUUUUUGAACUUCACACCUCAAUUCAUCACUGUCGUUCUUUUACUUUCUUUUGAUUUCUAUUUGACAAAAAAUAUAACAGGUAGGAAACUGAUUCAGUUACGUUGGUGGUAUGAUUCCACAGAUGUGAACAAAAAUUCUAAUUUCACUUUUGAAUCAUAUAAGCAGUAUGCGCCAGGUCCACCGGUAAAUGCUAUAGACUCCAAGUUAUUCUGGUGGUCAAUGUACGUGACGCCCAUAAUUUGGGGUGUCUUUGCUGUGUUGUGUCUUCUAAGAUUAAAGAUAUUUUACCUAAUUUUAGUCAUCGUAGCAGUUUGUUUGACCGCUUGGAACACGUAUGGAUUCCGUUGUUGCGAUAAAUGGGAACCUGCCAACGGACAAUCCGAUGGCCAAGAUACCAAUUCUUGGUUCGCAUUACCUUCUAUUCCGGGCUUUGAAAAUCUUUCAAGGCUGGCCAAUAUCCAAUCAUUCUUCCAAGGACAGUCUCAACCUUGA